CGGCUGUAGCGGCCGCGACCUGGGCGGGCGGAGGAGUGUGACCGGCCUCGGGGCCGCUGUGGAUGGUUUCUAAAAUGAUCAUUGAAAACUUCGAGGCACUCAAGUCCUGGCUCAGCAAGACUCUCGAGCCCAUCUGUGAUGCAGAUCCAUCAGCCCUAGCAAAAUACGUUCUGGCUUUGGUAAAGAAAGACAAAAGUGAAAAAGAGUUAAAAGCAUUAUGUAUUGAUCAGCUGGAUGUAUUUCUUCAGAAAGAGACACAGAUAUUUGUGGAAAAGCUUUUCGAUGCUGUGAAUACAAAGAGUUAUCUACCUCCUCCAGAGCAGCCAUCGUCAGGAAGCCUGAAGGUAGAAUUUUUUCAGCACCAAGAAAAAGAUAUAAAAAAGGAAGAGAUCACAAAAGAGGAAGAACGAGAGAAGAAGUUUUCUAGAAGGCUAAAUCACAGUCCUCCCCAGUCAAGCUCCCGUUAUAGAGAAAAUAGAAGUCGUGAUGAAAGGAAAAAAGAUGAUCGUUCUCGCAAAAGAGAUUAUGAUCGAAACCCUCCUCGAAGAGAUUCAUACAGAGACCGGUACAACAGAAGACGGGGGAGGAGUCGCAGUUACAGCAGGAGUCGAAGUCGAAGUUGGAGUAAAGAGAGGCUUCGUGACAGGGAUAGAGAUAGAAGCAGAACUAGAAGCAGAAGCAGAACACGAAGUAGAGAAAGAGAUCUGGUAAAACCUAAAUAUGACCUGGAUAGAACAGAUCCAUUAGAAAAUAAUUAUACUCCAGUCUCUUCGGUACCUAAUAUUUCAUCUGGCCACUAUCCUGUACCUACUUUGAGCAGCACUAUUACAGUAAUUGCUCCUACUCAUCAUGGUAACAACACUACCGAAAGCUGGUCAGAAUUUCAUGAAGAUCAGGUGGACCAUAACUCUUAUGUAAGACCACCGAUGCCAAAGAAACGUUGUAGAGACUAUGAUGAAAAGGGUUUUUGUAUGAGAGGAGACAUGUGCCCUUUUGAUCAUGGAAGUGACCCAGUAGUUGUAGAAGAUGUGAAUCUUCCUGGUAUGCUGCCUUUUCCAGCACAGCCUCCUGUUGUUGAAGGACCACCUCCUCCUGGACUCCCCCCGCCCCCACCAAUUCUUACACCCCCACCUGUGAAUCUUAGACCGCCAGUGCCACCUCCUGGUCCAUUACCACCCAGUCUUCCACCUGUCACAGAUGAUAUUUCUUAUUCUUUGGUUUUGACAGGACCACCACCUCCACUUCCUCCUUUACAACCAUCUGGCAUGGAUGCUCCCCCAAAUUCUGCGACCAGUUCUGUUCCUACUGUAGUAACAACUGGCAUUCAUCAUCAAACUCCUCCAGCUCCACCCUCUCUUUUUACUGCAGUUUUUGUAUUACCAGAUACAUAUGACACAGAUGGCUACAAUCCUGAAGCCCCAAGUAUAACAAACACUUCCAGACCUAUGUAUAGACACAGAGUACAUGCACAGAGGCCUAACUUGAUAGGACUAACAUCAGGGGAUAUGGAUUUGCCACCCAGAGAAAAGCCACCUAAUAAAAGCAGUAUGAGGAUAGUAGUGGAUUCAGAAUCAAGGAAAAGAACCAUUGGUUCUGGGGAGCCUGGAGUUCCUACAAAAAAGACUUGGUUUGACAAGCCAAAUUUUAACAGGACAAACAGCCCAGGCUUCCAGAAGAAGGUUCAGUUUGGAAAUGAGAACACCAAACUUGAACUUAGAAAAGUUCCUCCAGAAUUAAAUAAUAUCAGUAAACUUAAUGAACAUUUUAGUCGAUUUGGAACCUUGGUUAACCUACAGGUUGCUUAUAAUGGUGAUCCUGAAGGUGCCCUUAUCCAAUUUGCAACGUAUGAAGAAGCAAAGAAAGCAAUAUCAAGUACAGAAGCAGUGUUAAAUAAUCGCUUUAUUAAGGUUUAUUGGCACAGAGAAGGAAGCACUCAACAGUUACAAACUACUUCCCCAAAGGUUAUGCAGCCUUUAGUCCAGCAACCCAUUCUGCCUGUUGUGAAGCAGUCAGUCAAGGAGCGAUUGGGUCCAGUACCUUCAAGUACCGUUGAACCAGCAGAAGCCCAGAGUGCCAGUUCAGAACUUCCUCAGAAUGUAACUAAGUUAUCUGUGAAGGACAGGUUGGGUUUUGUAUCAAAGUCAUCUGUUUCAGCAACUGAAAAGGUGUUAUCUACAUCAACUGGCCUAACAAAAACAGUGUAUAACCCGGCUGCUUUGAAGGCUGCACAAAAAUCCUUACUUGUUUCUACUUCUGCAGUUGAUAAUAAUGAAGCACAGAAAAAAAAACAGGAGGCACUGAAACUUCAGCAAGAUGUAAGGAAAAGGAAACAAGAAAUUUUAGAAAAGCACAUUGAAACACAGAAGAUGUUAAUUUCCAAACUGGAGAAAAACAAAACAAUGAAGUCUGAAGAUAAAGCAGAAAUCAUGAAAACUUUGGAGGUUUUGACAAAAAAUAUCACCAAGUUGAAAGAUGAGGUCAAAGCUGCUUCUCCUGGACGCUGUCUUCCAAAAAGUAUAAAAACCAAGACUCAGAUGCAAAAAGAAUUGCUUGACACAGAACUGGAUUUAUAUAAGAAGAUGCAAGCUGGAGAAGAAGUCACUGAACUUAGGAGGAAAUAUACAGAAUUACAGCUGGAAGCUGCAAAACGAGGGAUUCUUUCAUCUGGUCGGGGUAGAGGAAUACAUUCAAGAGGUCGAGGUACAGCUCAUGGCCGAGGCAGGGGUCGAGGUCGAGGGCGAGGUGUGCCUGGUCAUGCUGUGGUGGAUCACCGUCCCAGGGCAUUGGAGAUUUCUGCAUUUACAGAGAGUGAUAGAGAAGAUCUUCUUCCUCAUUUUGCGCAAUAUGGUGAAAUUGAAGAUUGUCAGAUUGAUGACUCUUCACUUCAUGCAGUAAUUACAUUCAAGACAAGAGUAGACGCUGAAGUAGCUGCAGUUCAUGGAGCCCGUUUCAAAGGGCAGGAUCUAAAACUGGCAUGGAAUAAACCAAUAGCUAAUAUUUCAGCAGUGGAAACAGAAGAAAUUGAACCUGAUGAAGAGGAAAUUAUACCUUUGUCCUUCCAUGAGUUUGAAUUCAAUGGGGAGAAAAGCAGGAGAGCUCCUGGUAUUAGUUUCAGGAAGAGUCUUUGGUGGAUGACUCAUUACUUCAAGAUGAUGAUGAAGAAGAAGAGGACAAUGAAUCUCGUUCUUGGAGAAGAUGAUUUGACUGAUCAAUGAUCUGCAUAUGCUAGAACUCUACCUGUGUUGCAUUAGUAUUAUCUAAUGUACUUUUACAUAUUUGUAAAAACAAUUUUUGGUAAAAUGUGAUGAAGAUGGAUUUCACAAAUAGACAAAAGAGAAGAAAACUACCUUCUGAUCCUGUAUUUUGAAAGAUUGAUAUUUACGUUUUAUUUCAGUAAACAAUUGCUAAAGACAUCACACUAGAAACAUAUGCAAUGUUUUUAUUACAUACUUAUGAACAUUACAGAAUUCUUUGGGUUCUUUGUAAUUUAAUGAAUAGGUCUGAAAACUUAUGACCAAUACUUGUUAUAACUUAGAGGAUUUUGUUUUACUCCAAAUAAGGAAUGAAUUUGCAUUUAAAAUCUUAAUGAAUGUUUUCAAAAAUGAAUAGAUAACAUAGUACUCUAACUAAAGUCUCCAAGUUAUGUAUUCAUAAUAUUACAUAGUAGUAUGCCUAGGCUUUACUAUGUAUUAGCCUUUUGUUGGACUUGUGUAUGUAUUUUACCAUAUGGGUUUUAAUGAUAAUGGUGUAUGACUGCUUUACAUAUGAGCCCUUAUGCAUCUGGAUGUUAAAAAAUAAAGUGGAAUGGUCUCUUAAAAAAAAAAAAAAGAAAAGAAAAAAAGGCAAUGACAAAAAAAAAAAAGACCAAGACAAUGUUCCUUGAUUUCUAAAAAAAAAAAAGAAAAAGAAAAAGAAAAAGAAAAAAAGAGAAAAGAAAAAGAAAAAAAAUUAAAAUACAUAGACCAUUCCAGAUGGUGAUCUACCCUUCCCCCCAAUUAUCACAAAAGGAGCUAUAAUCACUAACUUAUUCCUAAUAAUAAUAAUAGUUACCGGUACCUUUAUAAUAAUGUACAAUCCAAUGUUUAAAAUUUAUACCACUUCAGUUUGGUUUGAUCCUAUAAAUUUUCAACAGAUGUCUUAAAAUUUAAAAGCAGGCUGAUUAGUUUGGAACCAGACUUCAAGUAGAGCUAACAUUUGGUGAAUAAGAAAACAUCACAUUACAUUUUGGAUGUAUGAAAGAAAACUUGACCAUUUGAAGAUAUAUGAAUAAAGAAAUGUACUAUAGAUACUACUUUAGGAAAACACUGUUUGUAGUCGUGAAAGAUGCCAAAUUGGCAGAGGCUCACGUUUCUUCUCUUUACACCAAACAGCAGAGAGAAAUCAUCAUUGCCUGAAUUUAGCUUUGUGACCUACAAGAGCAAGAGCUGUUCCUGUCUGGAGACGACUGUUAAAAUAAUACCACUCUAUCAUUUUAUGUGUGUCCUUUAUUAAUUAAUUUGAAUAGAUGUUCACAUGUACAUUAUUAUCAUUUUAUCUUUAUGGUUAGUCUGAGAGUACAUCUGAGUCUAGAAAUGUAUCCAAAUGUGUGCUCUGACCUUAUUUUUCAGUAUUUUCUUUCUAACCAUUUCUUUUUUUAAAUACAUUUUAUGAAGGAACAAGCCUCUUGGUUUCCUAAUAUGAGAUACAUUCAGUUUCAGCCAAAUUGGGAAUUGUGUCUGGGAAAUCUAUAAAGCCAUGAUACUGUGUUCAUUAGUGUGAACAAUUUAGAAUGAAGAACUUAAUUAAAAACUUUAAAUAUGAGUUUGGUUUAAAUUUUUCUGGGCUUUAAUAUAUAUUUCUGGGAUUAAUAGUCAGUUAAAAUAAUUUUGAACAGAUGAUGAAAUACUUUUUUAACCCUGUAAUAGCUUGCCUGUUUCUUCUGAAUGUGUUUACUGGUGUUGCCAAGACCACUCACCAACUGAUUUUCUUUUUUAUUCUUGGUUCUUCAAAAAGCGAAUAAUUUUCUUUCCUUGCAAAUAAUAGAUGAUGAUCUGUGGAAUAUAAAUAUUAAAAUAUCUAUUAAAUAUCUAAUUUUACAGGGUUUUUUUUUCCAUGUUUUCUUCACUUGCAAUAAGACAUCAAAGACAAUCUUAAGAGUAUAGUUUUCUUCUGCUUAAAAAGUUAUGUGUAAAUUGUUUAUAAGCAAUAUGGCUUAGACUUAUGACAAAUAUGAUUAAAUCUUAUCCUGAAUUCACCCACAUACAUAGUGGGCAUCAUCAAAAAAAUUUUUGACAAUGUUUCUGAGUGUUCUUUCAUAGAUUAUCAAGAGACAUUUUAGAAAUUGGUAGUUACUUUUGGUAGUAAAUCUAUUAGAAAAAAGUCCAAAUUACACAGAUUAUGUUUACCCCUUUUUUACUUAUAUCCAGCCAUAUUCAUUUUAUCCCUCUUUUUGUGCAAAGCUAACUGUUCUGCAAACACUUUUUUUUCCUUGCAUAUGUGUUGCAGUUGUCUUCAUAAAGAAGAAAAUGUAAUGAACACAUCAGUCAUAAUGUAAAUUUUCUGUUUUGAUCUACAUUGGUUAAACAUGGCAUGACUAAAGGAAAAGUAUGUAUAUUUGAAGGUCUUCUAAAUAAUUAUGUCCUAAUAGUCUGCAAGGCAUUUUCUUAAGUAGACUUUUGUUUUGGUUCACAUUUGCAAUUAGUAAAUAGCUGCAAGUAAGUUCAUGAAUAUUUUCCUAGAUUAGUUUGGAACUUUUUAUUCUCAAGGAAGGAUUGUCUGCCCCUGUACAGUGUAGUUUCCCUGCUAGGUUGGAACCCAGAGAACAUUUUCUGAAGAGAUAAUACUUCUUGUUAACAGUUUUGAUUGGUUUCUGAAUGUGGAUUGCCUUCAAAUUUAUUUUGGCAUCUUCCUUUUUUCCCCUUUGCUUUUAAAUUAAAAGCAAAAUAAAGCCAAAAAAAAAAAAAAAGUGAGAAUUGGAAGUCAGUAUGAUUUCAUUCUCUUUAAGAUCAUUGUGCUUUUUGAAAAUUGUCAAAAUCCAGUCGAUCAGUUACAUAUUUAAAUUCCCAUACGUUGAUAAAUUUAAGAUAAGGUUCUCAUUAUUUCAUUUUCCUGAAUAAGAUUCUUAUGGAGCUGUGUGUAGAUAAUGUAUAGAAUCACUUUUGUGUAAAUGAAUGAAGUGAUUUAACUCUGCAUGAUUGCAUUAUGGAAGCCUUUUAUAUAUCUUUAUAUUUUUGGGUAUACUUGGAUUUUACACUAUUAGCUGCUCUAGUCAUGCUAUAUUUGUUUUUUUUUUAAAUAGAGUUUAUAAAUAUUUAUGCUCAAAAUACAGAUCAACUGAAUAUUUUUGGUCUUGUUUACAAGAUAAAUAAUACUUUAAAGUGAUACUAGCCCCUCAAGUGUCUUAGGAAAAUGUUAUUGGUGCUACAAAACAUUUCACUAUUAAUUUUGAACCUGUUGUCUAGACUUUGCUAGGCUUUCAUUUAUGAUUGCUUGUGAUUUAUCCUAAUCUAGCAGAAUAAUUAUAAAAGUGGUCUGUGCUGAGUCACUUAAGGAGCCCAACCCUUUAAAAACACCUCAUAAUUUAAGGAAGUGAUGCAGAAUGUACACUUACUUGUGCCCAGUUUCCAUCUCCUCAGUAGUUUAUUUUGAUAAGUUGUUCAUUUGGCUCACAGCAGGGCUUUUUCUCAUUUCAAAUGGAAAACUUUUCUAAUCCUAAAAUGUGACAUGAUCUUGCUCUGCUUUAAAUUUCCAUCAGUCUGAUUAGUAGGAAGAACAGUAAUUCCUAAAUAUUUAUAGAACAUUUGAUGAGUUGUAAAGACAUGUAUUAUUACAUUGUAAAGGUUUUGCUUUGAUGUAUAGAUUUUUGUUUUGUCCCCAAGAUUUCAUUCCAGCACUCAACUGAAUGUUCAUAAGAUACAGUUAGUUAUCAACAAAGCAUUCAUAGAUGUUUACUUUUGAUUCUUCAGAAUCCUGAACUUGUUUGAGGUGUGAUAAUUACUUCAGCUUACUGUCUGUCACCAGGUUUCCUUUUAAUAAGUGGUUUAUUUUAACACAAUUUCUGUGGACUGUUGAAUCUGAAAACACCAAAGGAGUCUUUUCUUGUCUGGAGACUGGAUUGUUCCAGUUUUUAAUACCUGUGCCCAUAAGUAUCCCAUUUCAUGAAUGUGUGUUGGCAUGGGGGAAAAAAAAUUCCCUGCUCUUUGAGUGGAGCGAAAGUAAUUGGUUAAGCUGUAGCAGCUUUUUUGUUUAUUUUUAAGAAGUGAUAAUAAAACUUGAACUGAAAAAGAUAAAACUUGAACUAGAAAAUUACUCUUGUAUGCUUAGAAUGUUUAUAGUAUUACAUGUUUAUGUGAGAUUGUCAACAUUUUUA